UCAUUAGCAUCAACAGCAUUCAGCAUCAUGUUAGAAUCUUUCUCUUUGUUUCUCUCUCUUAAUCGAAUUUUCUCUCUCUAAAAGUUCCUAUCAAUUCUUCGUCUCUUUCCUCGCCACUCUCUUGACUCUUAAACUCUAACGCUACCUCUCUCUCUGUCUCUUAGCUUCCUCCUGUUUCAGAUAUACGGCACAUCUGAGCUUGUUAGACCUCGAACCUAGUGGACAGAAGAUAUACCUGUGAUGCAAGUGUCUUCUGUCUGAAUUUCUUGAGAACUCAAUUAUGUCUGGUGGGGACAUCAAAGGCAUUUCUAGUGAUGACCUACAACAGGUAAAAAAUCUUAUAGAACGAUGCCUUCAACUAUACAUGACCAGGAAAGAAGUUGUGAACAUGCUCUUACAAGAUGCAAAUGUGAUGCCUAGCAUUACUGAACUCUUAUGGCAGAGACUUGAACAAGAGAAUCAGGAUUUUUUCGAGGUUUAUCAUAUUCGAUUGGCAUUGAAGGAGCAGAUAAGACAGUUUAAUGAACUGUUGAAUCAGCAGGCUUUGCUGAUGGGGAAAAUCCAAUCUACUCGAGUUGCUCCCAUGCCAGUUUCUAAUGGUUCGCGCGUGUCCCAAUUCCAACAAAAUGCUGGCUGCUAUCAUCAGACAGGACCAUCUAUGAGACCAGAGAGAUUACAACCUCCUAUGGCUCCAAGUUUACCUCGUCCCUUCACUAAUGGUGUCCCACACAUGCAAACACCUGCGGCUUUCGACGUGUGUACUCCAUCCAGAACAAUUGAUUGUCUGUCUGACGCACUUAAUGUUCAGAACUCUAAUUCCAUUGGAUUGAUGCAUGGUUUGAAUGGAGGGAUUGUUAAAUCAGAAAGCGGAUAUCCUUCUGAUCCUCAAAUUUUUUAUGAUGGUGAUCCCAAUCUUGGUGAGGCGCAUGGAUCCAUGGAAGAUGCAUCUUUUAAUGGUAUGGAGGCCAGUUCACAACCACUGAAUGAGACAUUGUUGGGGGUGAAUGGUUCUUAUGGACAGUUGGGACAUAUUCCCAAGCUGUUUAGUCUUCCUGAUUUAGCUUAUUCAAAUGUAUUAGAUAAUUAUACAACUUCAGCCUUUAUGACGACGGAGACAGAGAACUUCCUUGAUUCCCGAGAAAGGGGUGAUAUUCCAGAAGAAAACAAAGUGGGAAUGACAGACAGCUACAGAAAUUACGAAGAUUUUGCAAGUGAGUGAUUUAUUUUUAUUGGUUAGUGUGUCACUCAAGAAGACAUUUAUAUGUACAUAAGAUUGUAGGAAUGAGCCGAGUCUUUGCAGAUUUACAUACUUUUUUUAAUGGAGGUACAUAAAUUGGUGUGCGUACUUCAACAUUAGUCGAUGCUUAUAAUCCUCGAUGAAGGGGGUGGUCGUUUCAAGUCUUGACAAAGCCCUGUGGAGAUAUUUAUAGGAACUUUUGGUUUAAUGUUUGGUUUGGAAUACAAAGUAAUUCUUAGGAAGCUGAAUGGGUGAUUUACAUAUAACGUAGUGUUGUGACUCUUAAUCCAGAUAUUUUUGUAUAAUGAAUUGGUGGUGCUAGCAAUAUGCUUUUACUUUCUUGAGUUUGAAACUUGCCACUGCACCUGCAGAGUGCAGAAUGGUCAGUAUUAACUUUUAAGCUUCAAACACCUGCUAUGUUUAGGGUUUCUUUUCCGGUCACAUUUUAUAAAUACUUUGUGUUGUUUGGA